GGACCCAGUCGUAUAUCGUAUCCACCCGCAGCUUGCACGGCCACUUCCAUGCGCCCGUUCGAUCGGGACAUUGCCCCCUCCCUGCCCCUGCUCAAAUGAUCCGUGGUGACACCAAGGGUCGAGGACGCUGGAGAGAAUCUUCCGCACCGGUCGUGCCAUCAUCAAAGCUUCAGAAAGCAUCUCUGAUAAAGUAUCCUCCUCCGCUUGGGUGUAAUCGGUCUCACCAUGGCUUCGAGCUGCUGUCUCCGUCAACGUAGGCCUCCUUCCCUAACCCCUCGAGCAACAUGCCGCUGAAACUGCUCUGCCUCCAUGGCUGGGGCACCAAUGUCAAGAUCUUUCAAUCUCAACUAGGUGGGCUGAUGGCGGACCUGCGUCGCGAUAACACGGCGACAUUCCAUUUCGUCGAAGGCGAUGUGGAUUCUGCCCCGGGACCCGGCAUCGCAGGCUUCUAUGAUGGCCCUUACUAUAGCUAUUACCACUUUCCUCUUCCCCUCUCCGAUCCGGAGUCCGGGAAUGCGUCCUUGAUGGAUGCGUAUGACUGGUUGUACGAUGUCGUCAACGAGGACGGCCCAUUUGACGGCAUCCUGGGCUUCUCCCAUGGUGGUACCCUGGCUGCCGGCUUCCUCAUCCACCAUGCCAAAACCUAUCCGCGCGAGGCGCCACUGUUCCGUUGUGCCAUCUUUAUCAACUCCUUACCACCGUUCCGUAUGGAUCCCGGUGGCGAUCCCGUGGUCGAUUCGGACCUGGGAGGGUAUAUCAACAUACCGACAGUGACGAUUGCGGGGGUGCAGGAUCCGUUAUUGGAAUACUCGAUUGCGUUGUAUCAGUUGUGCGAUCCAAACAAGGCCACGUGGGUGGUGCAUAGUAAAGGCCAUGAUGUCCCGGGGGACAAGAAAAACGUCUCUUCUAUAACAACAGCCAUCAGAAAAUUAGCAAUCCAAGCAUUGGCAAUCUGGUGA